AUGUCAUCACAGUCAUUUGCCGAGGAGGAAGAAGCGCGGGCUGAAGAGGCCCUCCUCCCGGAACAAGCCUCCCCUCCUCGGGCGUCCCUGAGUCCGCCUAGUCAUGCAACACAAUCUUUACCGAGCAUCAUAGGGGACAUUUUGUGCACCAAAAAUUGUGUUCCUGGUUCACUCUUCCUCGUCGAGAGUAUAGAUGCUCAUAUUCCGGCCACGGGAGCGUUGGUGCAAAAGAGGAAGCAUCAGCAGCAAGAGACUGGACGUCGGGCCGUGCGACUUCUUCUCGGCGAUGGAGAGCUCUGCAUUCAGGCCCUACUCGUUCCGUCGCUGCAUUCACUCGUUGACGGCGGCUUGAUCAAGGAGGGCGGCCUGAUAAGGCUGGAGAGGUUCAGGCUUCGAGUUUUAUUGCGACCCGGCCCUGGCCACCCUACGGUGUUCUUGGUCGUGGAGAAGAUUCUCGUGGAAGGAUAUGAGGUCGGAGAAACUCUGGCAUCAAAUAAGGGCUCUGACUUAGACGGGAAUACCGAAGAUGAGCGCGGAAGAGCAGUAAAGCAACUGGUGGCAUUGCCCACCCCUGGGGUCAAAUUACCAGUAUUCUCGAGCGUGAACGAUGAGAAUGAGGCUCAAGAUGGCAUGGAACAGCACACCGGAACCUUGGAUACCCGUGCUGCCGAUGUUCCUCCCAACAUCCAAAACAGUCCACGUCUGGUGCAAAAUUAUCGGACCAGCAAUUAUGCGUUAACAGAUGAGCCUAUUGCCCCGCACAAAAUCAGUAAUGUGGACAAUGAUGGCUCUUCGCAACCCCUGAAAAGGCUCAAGAUUGAUACCGAACCCAGCAGCACUGCAGGACCGCUGCCUUCCUGGGCAUCAAGAGAUAUCACUCAGCCGGUGAAGCUUACAACCCUCAAGACGAUCCCUCUCCUUCCAUAUAAGCAAAACUGGAUGGUGAACGUUUUGGCCAUUGUUUCGGAACUGUCCGAUGUGGAGCCAUCUCCUUUGCCGCCAUACACUGGCAAGCAACGGACAGCGCGUUUAGCAGACCCGUCAACCGGCAAGCGGGUACUGUUGACGGUUUUCCUGGACCCUGAAGACUUCGCCCCAAAGGUGGGCAGCGCAGUGAUCCUCCUUGGGGUCAAGAACCACAGGUUCGAUGGUGGGAGCCUCAAGAAGUAUGCCAGCGAUCGGCCCAGGGAUGGAGGCUCGUGGUGGUUCGAGAACCCGGAAGGCCUUGCCUGGUGCGAUGUCAGGCACCUCAAGGAAUGGUGGGCGUCGAACGAGGCAUGA